AUGGAGGGUGGCGGCAAAUCCCCGGUGUCGUCGGAGCACGGAGAGUCGGCCUCCGCCAAGGCCGCGGCGGCGGCGGUCGAGGCGGCCAGCGGCGGGGGCAGGGCGGCGAGCCGCGGGCUGGGCGUGCUCGACCUCACCCUCCGCUUCGCCGCGGUGGUCGCCACCGUCGGCAGCGCCGUCGCCAUGGGCACCACUAACCAGACGCUGCCCUUCUUCACGCAGUUCCUCCGGUUCAAGGCGCAAUACGAUGAUCUCCCGACACUGACGUUCUUCGUGGUGGUGAACUCCAUCGCCGCCGCCUACUUGGUCCUGUCGAUACCCCUGUCCAUCGUGCACAUCAUCAGAAGCAGGGCGAAGUACAGCAGGCUGGUCUUGGUCUUCUUCGAUGCGGCGAUGCUGGCGCUGGUGACGGCGGCGGCGUCGGCGGCCGCGGCGAUCGUGUACCUGGCGCACAAGGGCAACGCCAGGGCCAACUGGUUCGCCAUCUGCCAGCAGUUCGACGCCUUCUGCGAGCGCAUCUCGGGCUCCCUCAUCGGCUCCUUCGCGGCCAUGGCGGUGCUCGUGCUCCUCGUACUCCUCUCCGCCGCCGCGCUGGCGCGGCGCUAGCCGCUAGGUGGUGGAUUGGACUUGGUGGUGAGGGCCAACCGGCGCGGUGAGCUUCUCCCUGACACGUGUGUGGUGGGGCUCUGUAAUCUCGUCUGCUUUUGUGAGAUGUCGGUGUGCACUGUGCAGUCGUCAAAGUUA